AUGGACGCGUGGAGACUGCCCGGGUGUCCAGGGAUCUUGCUUCCGAAAUUGGUCCUGCUCUUUGUCUACGCAGAGGAUUGCCUUGCUCAGUGUGGGAAAGACUGCAGAUCUUACUGCUGUGAUGGAACCACACCCUACUGUUGCUCCUACUACGCUUAUAUUGGGAAUAUCCUCUCGGGUACAGCAAUUGCUGGCAUAGUGUUUGGAAUUGUUUUCAUCAUGGGGGUCAUCGCUGGAAUUGCCAUAUGUAUCUGCAUGUGUAUGAAAAACAACCGUGGGACCCGGGUGGGCGUCAUCAGGGCCACCCACAUCAAUGCCAUCUCCUCCUAUCCUGUGGCACCACCCCCCUAUAGUUAUGACCAUGAGAUGGAAUACUGUGCCGACUUGCCACCUCCCUACUCCCCGACCCCACAGGCUUCAGCACAGCGUUCUCCACCCCCUCCUUACCCUGGAAAUUCAAGAAAACAAUCCUUCUCCCAGAACAGAAUAUGUGCCAAUCAGAGAUCUUGCCUGGAAUAAAAUGUCUUUACUCAGAAACAGGAAAGGAUUGCUCUAAGGAAUACUUUU